AUUGCAGGAAACAGCCUCGUUUUCGUCAGAUAGGACAACACCUAGUAAAAACCGAGUCUGCGACCGGAGAGAGGAGUGGGGCUUGGCAAAACCGCUCAACCCACAGAAUGGGCGAUUUAUAACAUUUUAACACUCGAGUGUCACUGUUUUCACAACAAACAAAUUCUACAACGAUUAUUUUACAAGAUUCGGUAGCUAUGUCGGCAACAUUGUCGCGCGGCUCGCUCCAACCAGGCCAGCAAAAGCUGGCCGAGAAAUUUACCAUUCUGAACGACCGGGGCAUCGGGAUGCUCACUCGUGUCUAUAAUAUCAAGAAGCAAGGACAAGUUUGGAAGGCAUGUGGUGACCCCAAAGCCAAACCAUCCUAUCUAAUAGACAAGAACCUGGAGUCUGCUGUCAAGUUCAUUGUCAGAAAAUUCCCAGCGGUUGAAACACGCAACAACAAUCAACAGCUUGCACAACUACAGAAAGAGAAGUCUGAAAUCCUUAAGAAUCUAGCGUUGUAUUACUUCACAUUCGUAGAUGUGAUGGAGUUUAAGGACCAUGUCUGUGAGCUGCUGAACACUAUCGAUGCUUGCCAAGUAUUCUUUGAUAUUACUGUAAACUUUGACCUGACCAAAAACUACCUUGACUUAGUAGUGACCUACACUAACCUAAUGAUGCUACUGUCUCGGAUUGAAGAGAGGAAAGCUAUCAUUGGCCUCUACAACUAUGCCCAUGAAAUGACACAUGGAUCAAGUGAUCGAGAGUACCCUAGGCUGGGACAGAUGAUCGUUGACUACGAGAACCCCCUGAAAAAGAUGAUGGAGGAGUUUGUUCCACAUGGGAAGUCGUUGUCAGACGCCCUGCUCUCCCUCCAGAUGGUGUACCCCAGGAGAAACCUGUCUGCUGACCAGUGGAGGAACGCCCAGCUACUCAGUCUCAUCAGUGCUCCUAGCACCAUGCUCAACCCAGCCCAGUCAGACACAAUGCCCUGUGAAUACUUGUCCCUGGACGCCAUGGAGAAGUGGAUAGUAUUUGGCUUCAUCCUGUGUCAUGGGGUCUUGAACAGCGACCAGGCAGCUCUGAGCCUGUGGAAGUUGGCUCUUCAGAGCAGCACCUGCCUCUGUCUCUUCAGAGACGAGGUGUUCCACAUCCACAAGGCUGCUGAGGACCUCUUCAUCAACAUCCGCGGCUACAAUAAGCGUGUGAAUGACAUCAAAGAGUGCAAAGAACAAGCUCUGUCACAUGCAGGCUUGAUGCACAGAGAAAGACGCAAGUUCUUGAGGUCUGCCCUGAAGGAGCUGGCCACAGUCCUAUCUGACCAGCCAGGAUUACUGGGCCCAAAGGCCCUGUUUGUAUUCAUGGCUCUGUCGUUCGCUCGGGAUGAGAUCAUUUGGCUGCUACGACAUGCAGACAACAUCCAGAAGAAGAGCACAGAUGACUUUAUUGACAAGCACAUUGCAGAGCUGAUCUUCUACAUGGAGGAGCUGAGGGCUCAUGUGAGGAAGUAUGGUCCUGUCAUGCAGAGGUACUAUGUCCAGUACCUGUCUGGCUUCGAUGCCGUGGUGCUCAACGAGCUAGUACAGAAUCUGUCCGUCUGUCCUGAGGAUGAGUCCAUUAUCAUGUCCUCCUUCGUCAACACCAUGACCUCCCUCGGCGUCAAACAAGGUGUUACAGUGGAAGACGGGGACGUGUUCGAUUUCAGGGGCAUGAGGCUGGACUGGUUCAGAUUGCAGGCCUAUACUAGCGUGUCAAAGGCUUCUCUGGGCAUCGCAGACCACCGUGAGCUAGGAAAGAUGAUGAAUACCAUUAUAUUUCACACCAAGAUGGUGGAUUCCCUGGUGGAGAUGCUGGUGGAGACGUCUGACCUCUCCAUAUUCUGCUUUUACAGUCGUGCGUUUGAGAAGAUGUUCCAGCAGUGUUUGGAGCUGCCAUCCCAGUCUCGUCACUCCAUCUCCUUCCCUCUGCUCUGUACCCACUUCAUGAGCUGCACCCAUGAGCUCUGUCCUGAGGAGAGGCAUCACAUAGGCGACCGUAGCUUGUCCCUGUGCAACAUGUUUCUGGAUGAGAUGGCUAAACAGGCCCGCAACCUCAUCACAGACAUCUGCACCGAGCAAUGCACGCUCAGCGACCAGCUGCUGCCAAAACAUUGUGCCAAAACCAUCAGUCAGGCGGUGAACAAGAAGUCAAAGAAGCAGACGGGGAAGAAAGGAGAACCUGAGAGAGAGAAGCCUGGAGUAGAGAGCAUGAGGAAGAACAGGCUGCUGGUCACCAACCUGGAUAAGCUUCACACAGCGCUAUCCGAGCUGUGUUUCUCCAUCAAUUAUGUACCCAACAUGGUGAUAUGGGAACACACCUUCACUCCCAGGGAGUACCUCACCUCACACCUGGAGAUCCGCUUCACCAAGUCUAUCGUGGGGAUGACCAUGUAUAACCAGGCGACCCAGGAGAUAGCCAAACCAUCUGAGCUGCUGACCAGUGUCAGGGCUUACAUGACUGUACUCCAGAGCAUAGAGAACUAUGUUCAGAUAGAUAUCACCAGGGUGUUCAACAACGUGCUGCUGCAGCAGACGCAACAUCUGGACAGUCACGGAGAACCAACCAUCACUAGCCUCUACACCAACUGGUAUCUGGAGACCUUACUGCGCCAAGUAAGUAACGGACACAUUGCUUACUUCCCAGCCAUGAAGGCUUUUGUCAACCUGCCUACGGAGAACGAGCUCACCUUCAAUGCAGAGGAAUAUUCUGAUAUCUCAGAAAUGCGGUCCCUGUCAGAGCUGCUGGGGCCCUAUGGGAUGAAGUUCCUCAGUGAGAGUCUCAUGUGGCAUAUCUCCUCCCAGGUGGCUGAGCUCAAGAAACUGGUGGUGGACAACGUUGAGGUUUUGACCCAGAUGAGGACCAGCUUUGACAAGCCUGGAGAAAUGGCUGCUCUGUUCAAGAAGCUCUCAUUCGACAGUGUUCUGAAACGGAUGACCAUCAUCGGCGUUAUCCUCUCAUUCCGAUCACUGGCUCAGGAGGCACUCCGAGAUGUGUUGUCGUGCCACAUCCCAUUCCUGGUGAGCUCAGUGGAGGACUUCAAGGAUCACAUUCCCAGAGAGACCGACAUGAAGGUGGCCAUGAAUGUGUAUGAGCUGUCCUCUGCAGCAGGCCUGCCCUGUGAGAUAGACCCUGCCUUAGUGGUGGCCCUCUCCUCCCAGAAGUCAGAGAACAUCAGUCCUGAGGAGGAGUACAAGAUAGCGUGCCUGCUGAUGGUCUUUGUGGCGGUCUCUAUGCCCACCUUGGCAAGCAACGUCAUGUCCCAGUAUAGCCCUGCUAUUGAAGGUCACUGCAACAACAUCCACUGUCUGGCUAAAGCCAUAAACCAGAUCGCUGCAGCUUUAUUCACCAUCCACAAGGGCAGCAUCGAGGACCGCCUCAAAGAGUUCCUCGCACUUGCCUCCUCCAGUUUGCUGAAGAUCGGCCAGGAGACUGACAAAACCACAACAAGGAACAGAGAAUCUGUCUACUUGCUCCUGGAUAUGAUUGUGCAGGAGUCCCCAUUCCUGACCAUGGACCUUCUGGAGUCUUGCUUCCCCUAUGUGCUGCUCCGUAACGCAUACCACGCCGUCUACAAGCAGAGUGUGCCUUCCUCCACCUGAGAGCCCUGAGAGGAGGUGAAAAGAGGAUAGAGAGGCUAGAGAGGAGGAGGUAGAGAGGCUAGAGAGGAGGAGGAAGAGGAGGCUAUAGAGGAGGAGGAGGCUAUAGAGGAGGGAGGC